AUGCCACCGGCAUCACUCGCUAUCUCCAUUGAAUCAUCAGGAGACAUCAUCUACUUGAGCGUACCUUUGCUCGGCCUCCAUAUCGUGGUCCUCAACUCCUUGAAGGCGGCCACGGACCUUCUUGACCGACGAGCACAAAACUAUGCCGAUCGGCCUAGUAGCUGGAUUAUGGCUUCGUGCUUGCUUACUGGAGGUUACUUCCUCCCGCUCGCACCGUAUGGUGAUAGAUGGCGAAGGAUGCACAGAGUCGCUCACGAGUCCUUGCGCCGGACCAAUGUCAAUACCGCCGCAACGCACGAGGUUCAAGAGUGCGCUGCACUGGAUCUCGCGUUGAAUGUAUUGGCCGAACCCGAGCGCUGGACCGAACACGCGCGCCAUGCGAUAUCUAGCGCACUGCUUGCGCAUACUUACGGUGUUUCGGGCCGCAGCGAGAGCGCGGUGCACUUCAUGAGCACUGUCUACAAGUUUAUGCGUAGAACCAUAUCUUCGGCAUCUCCGGGCGAGUGGAUCGUGGACUUCUUCCCGUGGCUAACACUGCUGCCGAGUUGGUGUGCCUCAUGGAAGACUUGGGCGGCGGGACACUAUGUGCGUAGCGAUGCGGAGUUCAUGAAUAUGGCAGGCGUCGAUCAAGGAAAAGAGUCAGAUACGGAGAGUACGCCGGCGUCACCCAUAUCGCCUACUGCCAUUCCGAAAUGGCACCCGUCUCGCUUCAUGAAUGGUCUGACCGCACGGGAGAGCGCUUGGCUUGCCGCGUCCAUAUACGCGGCAGGGUCAGAGACCACUUCCACUACCGCGGUAUGGUGGCAGAUUGCGAUGGCUCUGCACCCUGAGGCUCAGGCGCGUGCACAAGCCGAGCUAGACACGGUUGUAGGGCGCUCGCGAGCGCCCACAUUCGGUGAUAUGGAACACCUCCCUUACGUUCGCGCACUCGUACGCGAGACCAUGCGAUGGUCGCCCGGCGGACCCAUCGCGAUCCCUCACUGUGCGCUUGAGGAUGACGAGUACAAGGGUUACCAUAUACCGAAAGGUGCCAUGGUUAUCCCAAACGUUUGGAGUAUCAAUCGCGACAGCGCGCUGUAUGGACAUGAUGCAUACACCUUCGCCCCGGAGCGACACUUAGACGCGCAAGGGCGCCUAUCUGGUCGACUUGGCGAGGGCACUCACGGAGAAGGGCAUUCCGUGUAUGGUUUCGGGCGGCGGAUCUGCGUGGGGCGAAAUUGGUCGAACGACGCGUUGUUCAUAAUUGUCGCCACGAGCCUAUGGGCCAUGAUCUUCGAGCCGGUCAAGGGCCGCGAGCCUGACGUGAACUCGGUUAUCGAAGAGGGUAACAUCGUGUCACCCGCACCAGGAUAUGCGAUAGCGGUCCGGGCAAGGUUCCUUGAGGCAAGAUGGCUGCUCGCACAAGAACGGGAGCGACGCGGAGAGGAGCUCUCCUGA